GUUAAAAAGAUUCCAAGUAGCAAGGAACUCAGAAUCUGAAAAUGGAUAAUCUUUACUCUAUGUUCUCUGAAGAACCAGAGAGAUAACAACGUCAAGGAUCAAACCCCAACGUUUGAGAAAACAGAGAGAGAAAGAAAACUACCCAAUACCUCAAAAAGGACUUUGCUUUACCUAUGGAGACAGACCAAGACAGAUAGGCACACCCAAGCAAGAAAAUUUAUUGAAAAAGAAAAAAAAAAAAAAAAGAAGCCGAAGAAGUAGACCAACGUUCUCUUCACGUUACAUUGUAAGGACGGACGUGUGGUUUGCCGUUGAAAACGGGCAUUGUGAACCUUUCCUUCCACUUCUCUUCUUUUCUUUCUCAUACCCUUUUCUUUCUUUCUUUCUUUCUUUCUUUCAAUUUCAACCCCCUAAGAAAUCUCUCAGAACCGCCGCCUUAAUACCUUUCUCUUAAUACCGAAAGGGAGAGAGGGAGAGAGGGAGAAAGAAGACGAUAACAAAAGCCGGGAAGAAAAUUAAAUACGAGCUUAAUUUAAUUUAGCUCGAUUACUUUUCUUUUUGAUAGCAAAGGCACUUGAGACUUUGGUGGCGGUGCGUGACGAUGGAUCUGAGGAGAUUGCUGGUGGGUUUAACGGUGGCGGUUCUUUUUCAAUUGGGUUUUGUGUUUUUAGCUUCUGGGAAUGUCGUUUUUAAGGUCCAAAAUAAGUUUGCUGGUAAAGAACGCAGCCUCAGCGCAUUAAAAGCCCAUGAUGCUCGCCGUCACCGGAGAAUUCUCUCCGCUGUCGAUCUCCCUUUAGGUGGCAAUGGCCAUCCAGCUGAAGCUGGCCUUUACUUUGCCAAAAUUGGGCUUGGAAAUCCACCAAAGGACUACUUUGUGCAAGUUGAUACUGGCAGUGACAUUCUGUGGGUGAAUUGUGCCAACUGCGACAGGUGUCCCACAAAAAGUGAUCUUGGUGUAAAAUUGACAUUGUAUGAUCCAACGACUUCUGCUUCUGCUACAAAGAUUUAUUGUGAUGAUGAAUUUUGUGCUGCUACAUACAACGGCGUGCUCCAGGGUUGCACAAAAGACAUUCCCUGCCAAUACAAUGUUGUUUAUGGUGACGGAAGCUCAACAGCUGGAUUCUUUGUGAGGGACAAUUUGCAGUUUGAAAGAGUUACCGGAAAUCUUCAAACUGCAUCAGCGAAUGGAAGUGUUAUAUUUGGAUGUGGAGCCAAACAAUCUGGGGAGUUAGGUACAUCCAGUGAAGCACUGGAUGGAAUACUUGGUUUUGGGCAGGCAAACUCAUCCAUGAUUUCACAACUUGCUGCAGCAGGAAAGGUUAAAAAAAUGUUUGCGCAUUGCCUGGACAAUGCAAAUGGAGGUGGAAUCUUUGCUAUUGGGGAGGUAGUCUCACCAAAAGCAAAUACAACUCCAAUGGUAGCAAAUCAGCCGCAUUACAAUGUUGUCAUGAAGGAAAUAGAGGUGGGCAAUAAUGUUCUGGAACUUCCAACAGAUACAUUUGAUUCUGGAGAUCGGAAAGGAACAAUAAUCGACAGUGGUACUACCUUGGCAUAUCUUCCAGAGACAGUUUAUGAUUCAAUGAUGACUAAGAUUGUGGCCCAGCAACCUGGAUUGAAAUUGCAUACUGUUGAGGAGCAGUUUCUGUGCUUUCAGUACAGUGGAAAUGUUGAUGAUGGAUUUCCGGUUGUCAAGUUUCAUUUUGAAGAUUCGCUUACUUUGAGUGUUUAUCCACAUGACUAUCUGUUCCAAAUUCGUGAUGAUGUAUGGUGUUUUGGUUGGCAAAACAGUGGGGUGCAAUCUAAGGAUGGUAGGGAUAUGACUCUUUUAGGAGAUUUGGUGCUUUCAAAUAAGCUUGUUUUAUAUGACAUCGAAAAUCAGGCAAUUGGAUGGACAGAGUACAACUGCUCUUCAAGCAUCAAAGUGAGGGAUGAAAGUUCUGGUUCAGUGUAUUCCGUCGGGCCUCACAAUGUUUCUGCAGCUUCUCACCUGAUAAGCGGAAGAAUUAUAACAUUUUUGUUAUUAGCGUUUGCUGUAUUCCAUAGAUUUUCAUAAACUGCAACAAAUGGUACAUUAUUUAAUUUCCUUGUACAAUAAUGUAAUCAAAAGUCUCCUUGGUAUAGAUUAAUUCUCGAGUACAAGUCUUUCACUCA